CGUGCUGACUGUUCUGAGUGAAUGUGGGUUCAUUUCCUCCGUGUGUUUCAGGGAAUGGCUUCACACGGACGAGGCCGCUUCGCUGGUGGUUCCGCCCCACACGGAGAGGAGCGUCGAGGGACGACGUCGUCGCCGGCAAGGGAAACGAGUCGGGGAGUUGGAGGUGGGGAGGAAGAACGACGUGCUCAAAACUUGUGGUGGGACUACAGCAAACAUGUCUGGUAUUUGGACUGGGCGAGCCAGGACAGCUCCGACCCGUUGCAACCACCAUGCGGGCCGCUCUUGUUCGUCGCCGUUCGCGCCGACAGAACGCAUCUCGCAGGGUCCAUCGUCCAGUGGGUCGACGAUGGUGAAUACAAUUUCAAGUUUACGUUGAAGAAGCAUUACAGAAGUAAUGGUUCUGUCGACGGCAUCGCAAAGGGAUGCAAGGUUGCCGGGAAGAUGUUCGACGGGUACGGCCGUCGUGCGAUGUCUUUGCCUCACUUUCUCCCGCUAGCGUCGGGGCACGACGAGGCCGUUCACGUCACAGACUUCCUCGAGGUCUGGGCGAAAUCUGGUACCUCUGUCUGUGCCGUGGACGUCAGACCUGGAACAUCGAUCAAUGGUCCUGUUGGGUUCGCGGGAGGAGAGUGCUCUAAAAGGGAGAUGGGAGGUCAGGGUGGCCUGCCAGCUACGCCUCCUGAUCAAGAGGUGGGCAUGUCAGACGACUCGGAGGACGACCAUCCGCGUGCUCCUUUGAAACCGGGCUUGCAUGUGUCUCGCCGCCACAGUUUGCUUGGGGAGUCGACGCCACAUGGAGACGACGAUGGCGAACGGUUGCAACAGGGCUCAGAAUCGAUGACUCCUCGUUGUCUGACAGGGGUGCAGAAGGACGUCGUGUUGCACAUCCAUCCCGAAAGAAUAUUAGCUAUUCCUAACUGGGAAGACGCGUACAACCACCGAUCCUUGGACGAGUUCCUCGUUGAUACCAUCGUGUCGGCUAUGAUCGACUGCUACGAACGUAAAGACAUGAGAUACACGAAGCCCAUUUUCGUUCUCGCUCCGAUCGUCGCACCUCCAGAGAACGGCGAGCUUGUUGUGCGUGUGCUGCCUGCUGACUUCGACAGCUCACACCCGGAGAGAUACUGGUAUUAUCCUGUGUGUGGACAGCACAACGCGAGGGCGGCGAUGAUGGUGAAAGACCAUCCCGUGUUUGAUUACUACAACUUCUGUAAAUGGCCGUUCAGACCGAUCUACUUCCCUGACGACGAGUUCGACGGCUACGCCUAUGUCAAUUGCGAAGACAACAUGAAAGACAAGAAGAAUCCACCGUGCUUGCAGGACGAGAUGCGAAAGUGGGUGCGGUUCAUGGCGUUGGCAAUGAAGAAGACGCCGUACACGCCUAUCUGGAACCUGUCAACGGAAGCAAAGAAAAGAAAGGAAUGGGCUGAGAAACUUCGAUACUACCUCCCGCUGGCCAUAGCAGAUGACUUCGUCUUCGCUUUGGGGUUGAAGUUCUAUGAGGAGCGGUCGAAAGGGAAACUCCUUGCUUCCGACAGCCGGCGUUGGACUGAAAAGCCGCCCACCCAUGAGGAGGUGGCCAAGCCAGGACUCUUCACUGUGACUGACAACCAGGGGCUGGAGAAACACGUCUGGUACGUGAAGGUGGACGACCCGUCGUUGAAAAAGGGCAGGGGGAAGCCAAAGAAAGGCGCGGAGGAGAAAACUUUCUACGUCCAAGUUCCAGAGCCGGAUGUCCACUGCUGGAAGGAAUUGGUGGACUUGAUGGACCGCGAGAAGAAAAGGUUGUUGAAUGGCGUCUUGAACCUUAACGUCGUGUGGGUUCAAACGAGUAGCAAAAAGUUGGCCGAGCAGGGGAAGUUCAGUGUCAAGGAGAUGGUCGACAUAAUAAAAAUGGACCGGAUUAUGCUGAGGCUGUGGCACUACGUGGAGUUCGAGUACGAGGAAAUGGAUAAGCGGGAGUGGAAUGCCAACUCCAUGUUCUUCAGGUCCAAGAAGCAACUGUUCAAAGAGUUCAAGGACAGAGGUCUCGACGACAAGCUUUGGAACGAGAGCAGGAAAUUUUUCACAGACACCACAUACGUCAACAAGUGCCCUCAGUUUCUCGGGUGUCAACACGACAACAACAUCAAGAGAACGGCGGCCCUCGUCAACGACCAGAAUUUCCCGGCGGAGUGGAAGCGUGUUGUCCUUUCGGUGAUCACUGGAGAUCGCGCCAAAGGCAAAAAAAGCCCUCGGGGCGUUGAUGAAUGCAUCAACAUUAUGUGGACAAGGACAAGCGCCUUGACGACGCUGGCCCAGUUUAACGUCGACCCGUUGAGUGCCAUAAAUCAUAAGCAGGCGCGGGGAAAACUAGGGCAUCAGCUACGCUCCCACACUUGCGUGCUCGACUUGUGCGGUGUUGUGGACCGUGCGCAAUGGGACUUUGGGGCAUUCGCGUCUCUGAAUGUGAUGCACAUCCUUUUCAAAGGCGAGGAUCCUCGACUACUGACUCACCCGGUGUACGAGGGAGCUGUUGCUGAAGACGACGUCGCCGCUCUCCGGAGGAAACAGAAAGUGACACCCACGGAUGUGGAGGAGAAGUCUUUCAAGGCUUUAACUUUCGCGGACAUCGGAAACCUGAUCCAGAGGGGGGCUCUGUACAAGGACGGCGAGCGGAAUCCGAAUCAGUUGUGCAAUCAGCUUCUUUUCUUCUAUGGUGUGGCAGAUGCUGUGCUGUUCUUGGGCAAGCCGCACGCGCAGGUGGUGUGGAAUCUGCUUCAGAAGGGAAGGCACGUCUUGGCCGUGGAUGGGGACACAACACAACUCGAAUACACCGUGCAGUAUGUCACCCAUGAAGUGUCGUCCAAGGCUUACCCAUGCGAUUUCCACCAUGUCGUGGUCGAGCCCGUUUAUGACCCGAACAAGGACAUGUUCUUCAAGUUGACUCCGAAGAAAAGGCGCGAGGUCUACUCCUUCCUUUGCGACGAACAACCAAGGUUGAGAUUUAACCCGCAGUACGUGGUGCGGAAGGAAGUCGCCAUUGCGGACCUCCAGGGCUACCACGGAGCAAGUCGGGCCGGUGCUGUGACCUUCAUUAAGAGGCUGGAAUAUGUCUUUUUUAACGAGGAUGUUGUCGAUCCAGCCGACUUCACUUUGGAUAAGUACAAGCUGGCAUUCGGUGAGGAGGACGACUUCAAUAUCGAGACUGAGCAGGAGGAGAGCGUUGAGGAUGACCUCUUUGAUUUGGACGGGCAAUUGGCCAUCUUCAACGCCCAAGUUUCUGAGUCGCCAUCAGUAUGCAAACCGGGGACACCUCUCGCUGCACCUACCUCGGGCGGUCCCACGCCCGUGUCCUCCUCAGCGGCUGUCAAGAGGGGUGGGUUGUCCCGUCUGAGGAGUUCGCCGGGGGAGCCUAUUCACCAUUUCCAGCCAGUCCUUCUCGACGGCGAAUGGGCAGUGGCUGUGAGGGACGUACGUGGAGGGUGGAUAUAUGACGAUCGUUGGGACCUCGAGACAUUCAAAUCUCGCGCCUGCGAUGCGGUAUUGGAGAGAUUAAGUGAGGUCAAUCGACGAAAUAAGGACGACCCUGCUCUUCGCGAAUACGGGGACACGCUGUUCGAGUUCUUGCAGUCAAAUAAAUGGUUAGAAGUGUCCUCCGCGUUCUACGCCCUUCUGUCAAGCCCGUCAAUUAAGCAAGUGAGUUGGGAGUUGCCUGGGGUCACCCCGCCGGCAAGAGUUGUGAAGCGCAAGUCUCGCGGAAAGGACGGCGACGGGGAUGGUGAAGGUGGCGGGCAACGAGGUACCGAAGGUGGAAGUGAACAGCGAUCGACGAAACAGCGGUCUCCGGGGCACGCAGGCGGCGGAGAGGGGAGAAAGGGCAGCCGGGAGAAGAAGAAGCCUCGCAGCGAAGAGAAGACAAAGCAUCACAGAGGAGACGGGCAGGGGUCCGAUGUCGACCGCGACAUGGAUGGUAGGGUUCUGGCGGUAACAGGCAGCACCUCAAUGGAGACGGGGAACGACUUGAGCCCUGGGUGUAUUACGCGGCCUGGCGAGCAGGACCCUGUGAUUAGCUCCACCAGCGAAACACAGUUUGUCGAUGCGGUUGGCGGGGCGGGUGUUGCAAAGCAUGGAACAUGCUUCGCUCAGCUCCAAAUACAGUUGGCGGAUUGUCUCGGAUCAAUCUGAACCUCGGAGACGACCUCGUUGUCCGAAACUCAGUGCCUUCUGGGAAGCGAGACGACAACAUACCACG